AUGUUGCAUCAAGUUGAGAAGGGAACGGGUCUGGCUCGAUGCCAACCGAAAAGAAAUCGGGAUAUAACAGAACAGAAAAGAGCUGAUGCUGUCUCCCUAAAGCGGUCCCGAAGAGAAACCCAUGAAUUCUACGGGAUAAUGGAAUGUAAACGGUCGAUCUUUAUGCGAGUCCAGAGAAGAAAAAUUUCCGAAUUCAUCGAGGUAUACUUUUGUUACAAGAUUCCAUAUUUCCAAAAGAUGUUUUCAAGUGGCUUCAUCGAGGCUCUUGAGGGCAAAAAAUUCUUUCCAGAAGAUUCUCCACAAAGUUUCGAUCUUCUUAUGGUCGAGUGUAAGCUCUAUUUGGUUGAUCCUAUGGAUCAAAUCUUUAGUAUUAUUUUGAGGAACUUCCGAAAUUGUCCGAGCUCGCGAGGGCCGAGUGGGUUCAGUAGGUGUAUGAGCUCACACCAAUGGGUUCACGUCUUCGAAAAAUUUAUGUGUUACAGCAUGUCAUAUAGCGUUUCUCAUCUUCGCUCAAGGGCACAUGCUGCCAAUUGGCUAUGGUAUUACAAUGUUUCCAAUUAUGACACAUUUUUCGUAACCGUGCUUUUAUUUACCGGACAAGAGUUUCCAAUGACGGCUUCUUCAUUCUUGAAAUCAAUCGAUGCUUCUGUUAAAAUUCCCAGGAUAGCAGACAUUAAGUAUGGUAUACUAGUUGAUAAUUAA